GAUCGGAACAGACUUGGGUUUUCUUCACGCCAUUAAUGUCCUGAGCCACCAUGGACAAGACCCUCUCUUUCUGCUCCUUCAUCCUGCUCCUCCUCGCCGUCCACGAUGCCCUCGCCCCUGUUGUUAUGUCCUCCUCAUCGUCGCCGUGUCCCAUCGACCUCGGGUACGUCGACACCUUCCCGUGGAACUCCUCCCUGUGCCUGUCCGGAUCGGACGGCUGUUGCCAGACCCUGCUCAGCCUCUUCGGCGUGGGGCUGGCUCAGUACCUCCGGGAGACCUCCAUGUUCCGCCUCCCGAACCUGACCGCCUCGUCCUCUUGCCUGUCCGAGUUCGGGACGAGGCUCGCCGCUCGGUCGGUCCCAGCGUCCUGGGUCCCGCUCUGCUUCAACAGCUCGGCCCGGUUCGUGGUCAACGCCUCGAGCUGCGACGGGAUCGCGUCCGUCCAGGACUGGACCGCCAGGGUCGGGCCGAUGAGCCCGCUCGAUACUUCUUGCAAGGGGGACUUGACCGGAACGAGGUGUAGUCAAUGCGUAGAAGCCGGACUGCAGGUGUCUUCGCGGUUGUCGAGUUUAGAUCCUAACUCCACGGACUGUUUCUACUUCACGGUUCUGUAUGCAGCCGGGAUCGUGAAUGAGCUCGGGCCAACAGAUGAGACGACGGCCAAUUGCAUCCUCGGUUUGCCAAUAUCCAGCACAGCAAAUAAAGAUUCUGAUCGUUCGAGCGAGAAGAACGUAUUGAAGUUGGUUGCAAUAUUCUUGGGUGCACUUAUGGGUGUUCUUCUCGCAAUUGCAGUCAUAGCCCUCCAUAGAAACAGGCAGCGAGAAAAGAAGCGAAACGCCCCGCACGAAGAAUUUAUCAACAGCUUCAGGAGCAGCGUGCUGCCAAACAGCGGAGCAAAAUGGUUCCGGAUCUCGGAGCUGGAGCGAGCCACGAACGGGUUUUCACAGGUAAACUUCAUCGGCCAAGGCACUCACGGAAUGGUGUAUAAAGGAACUCUCUCGGACGGAGCUACAGUCGCGGUGAAACAGAUGCUCGAUAUAGACACCGAGGGCGACGAAGAGUUCUCUAACGAGGUCGAGAUCAUAAGUAAGAUUAGGCAUCGGAAUCUUCUCUCUCUCAGAGGUUGCUGUGUUACCAGCGAUGACUUCCGGGGCAAAAGGAGGUAUCUGGUUUUUGACUACAUGUCCAGUGGAAGCCUGAGUGACAACUUGUCCAACUUUGGAUCAACAGGCAUGAAAAGGAAUGCACUAACUUGGCCACAGAGGAAGAAUAUAAUCUUAGAUGUGGCAAAAGGGCUUGCUUACUUGCACUAUGGAAUCAAACCAGCUAUCUAUCACAGAGACAUAAAGGCCACCAAUAUACUUCUUGACUCUGACAUGAAUGCCAGAGUGGCAGAUUUUGGGCUAGCCAAGCAAAGCAGAGAAGGGCAAUCUCAUCUCACGACCCGGGUCGCCGGGACAUACGGAUAUCUUGCACCGGAGUACGCUCUUUACGGGCAGCUGACUGAAAAGAGCGAUGUUUACAGCUUCGGGGUCGUGAUUCUCGAGGUUAUGAGCGGGAGGAAAGUGCUCGACACGUCGGAGCUGAACCCGGGACCUCUGUUGAUCACGGACUGGGUAUGGAUGCAGGUGAAAUCAGGAAACGUGGAAGAAAUUUUCGACGAGUCCAUAAGGGAAGAAGGGCCAAGAGGGGUCAUGGAGAGGUUUGUUCAUGUGGGGAUCCUAUGCGCUCAUGUGAUGGUGGCUCUCAGACCCACAAUUGCUGAGGCUUUGAAGAUGUUGGAAGGCGACACCGACAUACCUAGAUUGCCAGAUAGACCAUUGCCGCUGAGCCAUGAAUCGUUCCGAUCUUUUUCAAGCGUCACUUCAUCUGCACGGGAUGGAAGAAAGUCGAGCUCGAGCCGCGGACUAUUGAAUGUUUGAAUCAGGCGGCAAUCUAGAAGAUGAUUCAUAUACUUGGAAUUGUAAUCUGCAGCUACUAACCUCAUUCAGAUGUACAGGACAACAAGAAAUUGCAGUGAAUGACACUGCCAUCCCAAUUCAUUUUGGUUGCAUUUUCC